AUUUAUUUAUUGGAUUUAUUAAUUCCAGAAAUUUUCAAAUAUUUGAAGUUAUUCCAAAAUGAUUCUUUUGAAUAUUCUCUUGAUAUUUAUUCAUACAGACAGCGUUUAUCUUUACUUAGCACAUAUAAAAAAUUAUCAAAUCGUCAAACAAAAUAUCUUUUAUGAAAGAUCAAAAUCGAAUGCCAUCCGUGUGAAUAAUCCAAGACUUUCAUUUACUGCAUUUGGAAGACAUUUUGAAUUAAAAUUAAGAGAAGAUCAUUCCAUUCUAUCUUCAGAAACCCAAAUAUUUCUUCAUCAGAGUGAAAAAGUUAUAAAGAAAAACUUAAGUAAUUUUAGAGAAUCUCUGCUCUAUGAAGGAACAGUAGAUAGAGAAAAUUUCUCUCACAUUCAUGGUUAUUUUCUUCGUGAUGUUUUUGUUGGUAGAAUAGUAAUACCAGAUGGCAUAUAUUAUUCAGAGUCUGCAUUUCAACAUCUUGAAGAAUCUGUUUAUAAAGACAAAGCUUUGAUAUACAAAGCAUACGAUUCAAAGGAAUUGCGAACGAUAGAUAAAUACCAUAAUACCUUUAAAAGAAAUGUCGAAAACCAAAACUGUCAGAAAAUAUUAUUAGAUGAUCCUAUGCCAAAUCUCAAAAGUGGAAAGUUAUGCAGUAUUGAAUUGAUGGCUGAUUAUACAUUAUAUGAAGAAUCUCAUCGAGAUAUAAAAUAUACUAUAAGCAGAAUGCUCUAUCAUAUAAAAUCAGCAGACAUCAUUUUCCGAGAAACUGAUUUUGAUGAGGAUCGAUUUCCAGACGGAGUUGGUUUUAUUGUCCUUUUGAUAACUAUCAAUAUGGAUAAAUUUGCUCAUAAUUCUCUUUUUAGCGAUGAACUUGAAUUUCCAGAAUAUUAUUUAUUCCAAAUAUCUCUCUAUCAUCAGAAAUUUGAAAACUGCUUAUUAGUGAAUUUCUGCCAGAGACAGUUUGCUGAAAAUGUCAUAGGAAUUUCUUACGUUCCUCACGAACGUAAUGGUUUCAUAUCAGGAAUUUGUCAGACACCUUUCCGUUAUAGAAAUUACAUACGCACAUUGAAUGUACUUGGAAUUACAAUGUCUACUCAUAAAAACGUACUGACGAAAUCUACUAUCGACAUAGCCUUAACUCAUGAAUUCGGACAUAGUUUUGGUAGUGAUCACGAUUCAGACGAGGAUCCCAACUGCAUCGUGAAUGAUUACUUGGGAAAAUAUAUAUUGAGUGAAUAUGCUACAGAUGGAUCAAUGCCUAAUAAUAAAUUAUUUUCUUUAUGCAGUAGAAAAACUAUAAAUAACGUCUUGAAUAAGAAAGGUUGGUGUUUGAAAACAUACAAAAAUGAACCGUUCUGUGGGAACGGUAUUACAGAAAGUGGUGAAGAAUGUGAUUGUGGCUCGAUCAGCAAUAAUUCAUGUAAAGAAAUCGAUUCAUGUUGUACUGCAUUGUAUGACGAAGAAAAUAAAUGUAAGAUUAGAAAUGAUAUGGGUUACGAAUGUAGUCCGCGAGAGCAUGAAUGUUGUAAUGAUAAAUGUAAAUUUAUAUCGUCUGAAUCAAACACAACUUGCUAUACCCACAAACCAUGUGAAAUGCAUUCUACUUGUAAUGGAAUAUCAGGUAUUUGUCCUCCAGGAAAACAUGUGAAAGACGGCACACCAUGCAAAGGUACUCAAUUCACUUGUAAAUCUGGACAAUGUAAAAGCUCUGUCUGUCAAGAUCAUCAUUUACCACUUUGUCAGUGUUCUCUUGAAAGUAAUCAUCAGUGUCACGUGUGCUGUUUGGAUCGUUUCAAUGUUUGCAAGUCAGCCUCUGAAUUUGGAUACUACUCCUCGGAUGGUAGAUUAUAUUUAAAAAUGGAAGGAUCAUCCUGUGGCGAAGAAAACAUUUGUGAUAGAUAUGGAAAAUGUAUUCCUAAAAUCGAAGUAAUCAGGGAUGUAAAUCAUCGCAUUAUAUACGAAGCAUUAGAAAAUUUGCCAACUGUACUGUUUAUAUGCCAACUACUUACGCUAAUUUUGUUUUUAGGGCAACUUUUUAUAAAACAAUUGAAUUUUCGCUUGCUUUUGUGAAAAUUUCAUAAUUCUCUAUUUUCAUGUUUUGAAAAUUUAUGUUAUGUUCUAAAUUUAUUAGUUUUGAGAUUUUAAGUGACUUAUUAUAAUUCUACAAUCUAGUAUAUUCUGGUUGAAUAAAGAAUUAUUUUAAAAGUUUAUUCUUCAUUCAAGUGAAUAAAAAGCUAUUUUAUACAUUUUGAUUAAUUAUGAUGAUGUGAGAUUCUAGCCGGGGGUACAAAGUAGUUUAUUACUCUUGUAUCACUUAAUCGGCGGCUAGUUGGUAAAACUAGUUCUCGGGUCGUCUACAAGAAUGGCUUUUCCUAAUUUUAUAGGAAAUUCGAGUGCGGAGGGACUUACAGUUAGAAUAAAUUUAAAGCGGAAUUUGGUGAUGGCGAAUUCACCUUCUUCCUCGUCAGGUUACCGACACCAGUUAAUCAAAUUUAGAUACGCGGAUUAACACGCGUGUAGAGAUAAUAUUGAUUUGAUUCAGACAAAAAUGAGGCAUUUCUUUUAACAUAUAAAUAAAAGAAUUUAAUAAACUAUAAUAAACAAAACUAUACAAAUUGGAUCUAACCCAAUAAUUCCAAUAAGCGAUUAAGACAGAGUAUGGAUUUAACUAAAUUAUACAAGUCGAGAGAGAGAGCUCACAAAUUCAUAUAUAAUCAUACUACCU